GACGUUCGAGUUCUGACCAUCUCGAAGAUCGCAUGGCCCAGUCAAGACACCUCUUCCGAGCAUAGCAACUGAAGGAUCAAGUGGUGAUACUGUUGGAGUGGUCCUUCAAAAGAGCAACAACCAUGGCAUCCCCAUUCCCGGUAGCCUUGCCUGAGUCGGCGACGCGAAGGAUCUCGCCGUCGACACCUUUGAUGAAGGCCACUGCUCAGACCGCCGAAAAGGGUAUCAAGAUCACUCCCAACAUUUCGUCCACGCCCCUCGCUCAGCGAACAGAUGCAGAGAAGAACGUUUUGAUUACUUCUGCUCUGCCGUAUGUGAACAAUGUCCCACAUCUUGGCAACAUCAUCGGCUCCACGCUUUCGGCCGACGUCUAUGCCAGGUACUGCCGGACGCGCAACCGCAACACACUCUACAUUUGUGGCACUGAUGAGUACGGCACGGCGACAGAGACAAAGGCAUUAGAGGAAGGCGUGGACCCGAAAACGCUGUGCGACAAAUACCAUGCACUCCAUGUGCAGGUCUACAAAUGGUUUGAAAUUGGCUUCGACCACUUUGGAAGGACGACGACAGCGAAGCAGACAGAAAUUGCACAAGAUAUCUUCCUCAAGUUGAACGAGAAUGGCUACUUGGAGGAACGAACGACAACACAAUUGUUCUGUGAGAAGGACCAGCGCUUCCUAGCAGAUCGAUAUGUCGAGGGUGUCUGCCCAAAAUGCGGAUACGAUGACGCCCGAGGUGAUCAAUGCGACAAGUGUGGUCAAACCUAUGAUGCAAUCGACCUCAUCUCCCCACGCUGUAAGACGUGCUCCUCUCUGCCCAUUAAGCGGGAUUCAAAGCAUAUGUUCCUGCGCAUCGACACUUUGCAGCCCUUGACCGAAGCGUGGGCGCGAAAAGAGAGCAAGGAAGGAGGCUGGAGCAGCAAUAGCAUCACGAUCACCGAGAGCUGGUUCAAGGAAGGGCUCAGGCCGUUCAGCCUGACGCGCGACCUGAAGUGGGGCGUACCUGUCCCUCUUGAACAGAUGAGGGGGAAAGUACUGUACGUCUGGUUCGACGCUCCGAUUGGGUACCCCAGCAUCACAGCCAACUACACGCCAGAUUGGGAGCUGUGGUGGAAGAAUCCGGAUCAAGUGGCAUUGCACCAAUUCAUGGGCAAGGACAACGUUCGCUUCCACACGGUCAUCUUUCCUUCCUGCUUAAUUGGCACGAAAGAUUCGUGGACAAAGUUGCACCAGAUCAGCACAACUGAGUAUCUGCAAUAUGAAGGCGGCAAGUUCAGCAAAAGCCGAAAUAUCGGCGUCUUUGGCGACAAGGCGAGCGAAACUGGCAUUCCGCCGAGUGUCUGGCGGUACUACCUUCUGCAGAACCGACCCGAGACGGCUGAUAGCCAGUUUGCGUGGGGCGAGUUCAUCAACCGCAACAAUGGCGAGCUGUUGGCGAAUCUGGGCAACUUUGUCAACCGCAUGCUCACCUUUGUUAGCAAAAAAUAUGGAGCUAUGUUGCCCGAGGUGCCGACGGAAUUGCAGCAGGUGCAAGCAGGUGGGCGAUACGAUACCUUCGUCAACGACGUCAACGCGCUGCUCAAGGCUUACGUCGAGUACAUGGAAGCAACGAAGCUCCGUGCCGGCUUGACAGUCGUCAUGCAAAUCUCCGCACGAGGAAACCUCUUCCUGUCGGAGUCAGGAUUGGACAACAAUCUUUUUGCCAACAGGCGAGCGGAGUGCGACGCCACCGUCCUGCUUUCCGUCAACCUAAUUUACCUCCUCACCGCGCUCGUGCACCCUUUCAUGCCCUCGACAGCGGACGAGAUGCUGGCGCAGAUCGAUGCGCCGCCGCGUGCGCUACCCAGGCCCAGCGAGUGGUCUCGCUCUGAAGCUGCUGGGGACACUGUGACGCUCGACUUGCUCGCAGGGCACCGUAUUGGCCAGCCGAAACAUCUGUUCAAGAAGAUCGACGAAAAGAAGGAGCAAGAGUGGCGCGAACAGUUCGGCGGUGGUGCUGGUGCCUCAUCUUCCCAAGAAGAUGCGCAGGUGCUUAGCAAGAGCAAAGCUGCGAAGUUGGCAAAGCAGGCGCGCAAGGCCGCUGCUGCCGUCUCCGGUGGUGCUGGUGGUGACAGCAGCAAAGUAGCUUUGUCAGCGUCUUCAAAAAAACAGGGGCAACAGGGGAAAGUAGAGCAAACACCCGAGAUGGAAGCGCUCUCGAAGAAGAUCGAAGAGCAGGCUAAGCUUGUUCGCAGCGUCAAGGAAGAUGCAAAGAAGGCGGAUGCAUCCGAUGACGUGAAAGCGAAGGUUGAGAACGAGGUACAAGCUUUGCUUCAGCUCAAGACCGAAUACAAGGAGCUCACGGAACAGGUUGGCAAGCUAGUACUGGAAGACGGCACGAGUGCGUAGCUAGAUUUCACUUUGGUUUCUUGUAUCCUACACCCGAACAAGGGGAACAAGGGGACGCGAUAGUGAUUCCAAA